AUUGACGUAAUUGGUGGCGUUAACCACGACGAGGAGUCUAUGACUUUGGGCACAAUUGUCAAAGACCCGAAUCACGUGACACUCGCGGACUUUCAAAACGCGUUUAAAUCCAUGGAAUUAUUGGGCUUUCAUAACGUGAAUGUACCGAUAGUGACGGAACACUAUCUGAAAGGUGUCAACACUAGUAGUCCGGCGGCACUGCGCGCAGCGUUGACCGCACUAUUCAGUGAUAUAAACUUCAUAUGUCCGACAUAUCUGUUCGCCAAACGGUUCGCACAAACUGUCAAAGAGUCGCAAAGGGUUUACUUUUACGAGUUGUUAUACCGAAGCGAUUACUACUCCAAACAGAUAGGUUGCGACCUAACGACCAUGGGCAUUUGUCACAUGUCGGACCUACCAUUUGUGUUUGGUCUGCCACUACGUUAUCCCAACGAGUAUACCCCCAAUGAUAUAAUUAUUAGCAAAUAUAUGAUGAAAAUGUGGAUCACAUUUGCGAAAACAGGUCAUAUGGACUCUGAUUGGCCGCAACUGUUAAACGAUGAGCCGAUGGGUGCGCCCAAAGUCCACGGUUUGGACCCAAAGGACUUACGGCUUGUACUGAGUGACCCGUUUCACGAAACAUGUGAUGGCGUGUGGGCCGACUACUUUCUAUAA